AUGCACAAACUCGAAGACGACAAUGAGGAGUUGCGCGAACUCUUGACCCAGGAAGAGGACCGCUCUGAAUCGUUAGAGAAGGCUGUUAAUGACAAUCUCACUCGCGCCGAGGAUGCUGAAGCACACGCUGUUGAUCUGCAGACUGACCUCCAAGCUGCCGAACAAGAGCUCUCCAUACUCAGAGUAUGUAUCCUGCCUGGCUGUCGCAUGCUUUGGCUUACCAUAUUCGCGCUUAGNGCCGAAACGAACGCUCUACGAAAUGUCACGACAGACUCUGAGAAACUUCUGACUGAGAAGCUUGACCUCGCACGCCAACUAUCCACCCUCAAACCAGAACUCGACCAUCUACGCGCUCAAGUAGAAUCAAACCAGGACCUCCUCUCCGAAAAGCUCGCCCUGCAACGACAAGUCAGCGAAAUCCAAGUCGAGCUUGACCACGCCAAAUCCGAAGCUAAGCGCGCAAUCGCCAAACGCCGCAACACUCAACAUGAUCUGAACCAGCAAGACAUAAUUGACGACCUGCGCAAGGCUCUGACGAGAGAGAAGCGAUUGAGAGAAAAGGCCCAAGAAGAUUUGGAAACUGCUCAGGCCGAGCUGGAACGCGAGAAAGAGAAUGCUCAGCGCAAGAACACAACGGAAGCUGCAAAGGCAGAAGAGAAUGCCAAUGUCCACGUCGAGACCGAAGAGUUGCGUCGCCAACUCGCAAAGGAGCGCAAGGAACGGGAAAGGACCGAGAAGACACAUCAGAAGACUCAAUCCGACUGGGACGCCACGAAAGCAAUCCUGGACGACAAGCUCAAUCAAUUUCGCACCAAGCUGAAGUCGACCAAGGAGAAGCUGAAAGAAACCGAGGCACAACUCGAGGAAGCCCAAAGAUCUGCCGCAGCCGAUGCAAGAUCAGCACCUGCCGCAGCUGAGAAGGUCACCAAACAGCCAAAGAAGAGAAGCGCUGCCCAAAUGGAUCCAGAUUCACAAAAGCUAGGAACACCUGGCAAUGCCAAACCCGCCAAAAAGGGCCGCAAAGCUGCAGCAGUUGGCGACAAGUCAACCUUCUCUAUCACACCCUUUUUGAACCGCACAAUGAGUGUUGCUCCCGAGAGCCCUGAGCAAGCUGAGGAAGCUUCAGCAGAAGCGGCCGCUCAAGAAUCAGAAUCGGAAGCUGAAGCCGAGUCUCCAAGCGCCGCCAACGUCCGAUCAACGACAGAAACCGCUCCCAAACCUCUUGCGACCGUACCAGCCAGCAAGAGCAACAUCAAGAAAGCCAAACCUGCAGCCGAGCCAAAGACCAAGAAACAAACAAAGAAGCAAGCGCUUGAACAAGUCAUUGAGGAGGUUGAACCUGCGUCUCAAGAAGAGACUGCGGCAACAACCAAAGUACCUACCUUCAAAGCCAAGAAAUCUGACGGAGAGACAAAACCAAAGCCCAAGCAACGCAAGUCUCUUGCUACUUUUGCUGCCUUCACUCAUGAGCCAGAACCUGAGAAGAAACAGAAGAAGCGAAAGCUUGGUGGUCUGGGCAAGACUCUCUUUGAUGACGAGGAUGAUGCGCCUAGCAAGCCACUUNNCCCUGGUCGCGGAGGCGGUCUGUUCGGUGCAUCACGUCUGGGUCCUCUUGCAGCUGGUGGUGUAAGAGGUAGCUUCAUUGGCGGUAUGGGCAAGAAAAAGUCUGGUCUCCUGACAGCGGAAGAUGGCUUCAUGUUCUCGCCUCUUAAGAAGGAGAGGAAGGCUAUGGCUAGUUUCAUCCAGUGA